UCUCUUCCUUUUAAAACCUCCCAGCACUCAAUUCUCACUGGAGAACGGUAACCUCUGGUUCCAUACACAAAACCCAAACCAGAAAAAUAAAAUAAAAUGGGUUUCCUCUCUGUGAAAACUGUUCUAAUCUCCACUGGUAUUUUAUCCAUGGCUAUGGGGUUGAAGCUCACAGUCCCAGUGGUUUCCAAUUUCAUCUUCACUGAAGCUGCUCCUACAUUGUCCACGUUUUUCCUCACGUGCUUCACUCCUCCUUACCUCUACCUCCUUCUCAACUUCAUCAUCCUCACCAUCGUUGCCACCUCCAAGCUCCACAACCACAACAACUCCCCGCCGGACACCGCGCUUCUUCCGACGGAGCCGCUCAUCCACGCCGCCGAUGUCGCCGCCUACGGUGUUCAUAUCCCCGCUCCUGAGCCGGUUAAGAUCUUAGAAAACUCGCAAAUCGACUACAACGGCGAAAUGGAGACGACGCCGGUGAAGUUCUCCGGCGGAUUUGAAAUGGAAUACAACGGCGUCGUUUCUGGUGGAUACGUGUAUGAGGUGGAGGCGAAAACGCAUGCAGUUAUCGGCGGCGGAGGAGGAGGUAACGGUUUUUCUGUUAUCGGCGGCGAGGAGGAGAAUCUUGCUCCGAUUUUGCAGAGGAAGGAGUCGUUGGAAUUCGCGUUUAACGAUGAGAACGAGAAACCGCCGGUUUCCGCCAGAUUCGGCCACCGGAAAACGGUUAGAUCUAGCCCCGAAGGAGUGACGGUGGUUGCGUUGGGAGUGACGAAACCGAAGAGGCAGGAGACGCUGGAGAGCACGUGGAGGACGAUAACGGAGGGGAGAGCGAUGCCGUUGACGAGGCACUUGAAGAAAUCGGAGACGAUGGAGACUCAGCCGCGGCGGAACGCGGCGCCGCUGGCGGAUUUGAACGGUCCGGUGAUGAAGAAGUCGGAGACGUUCGGCGGCAGGGAGAAGAAGGCGGCGGCGGCUACGACGUCGUCGCCGGGAUCCGGUGGGAAGCUGAGGAAGGAAUCGUCGCUGAGUCAGGACGAGUUGAACCGGCGAGUUGAAGCGUUCAUCAAUAAGUUCAACGCGGAGAUGAGGUUGCAGAGGCAGGAAUCGCUGAGGCAGUACAAGGAGAUGGUGAAUCGAGUGUAACUGACAAUCCAACGGUCACAUUUUGCUCUGUUGCCCUCAAAUUUUGGGGUUUGAAAAAUUAAAGAAGGAAAAUUAGUUUAGUUUUUGUAUUAAAGUUUUUGGGGGUGUUGUCAAUUUUCAUAAAUUGGAUUUUUUUGUUCUUUAUUAUGUUAAUAAUUGUGCUUGCUUUUUUAAAUAGACAAUCUUGUGAUUGGUGGAGGAGAAAUGCAGAGUAAAUUUUGAGA